AUGCAACUUCCCCGGCCUUUACUUAUUGCUUGUGGCACACUCUACUAUCAGCGGCCAGGAACUCGCAGCUACAACCAGGACUCCAGCCAGCCAGCAGCCGCAGCCACGGCCUCUACGUCGGCUUCCCUGCCCUGUCUCUUGAGUAGCUUCCACGGCCAGCCCGCCAGGAUACCCGAAGAGCUCGCGGAAGGCAUUUACGAGCCAACCAGCCUUGCACAUGGAACCAGGAUGACCCGCGUUCUCGUAGCAGAAGCCCACGAUGGAAAGGGGCAGCAGCAGCAGCAGCAGAUAAAGAGGCCAGAGGGGGGCGGCGAUGAAGACGAAGACGGGAGGCAAGGCAGCUUGCUCUUCCGCAUCCUCACGCAUAACAUCCGCUAUGCAACAACCUCGCCCUCCGCCGGCGAGCAGCCAUGGAGCAUCCGCGCGCCUCACAUCGUCAACGAGCUCGACUACCACAGCCGGCUGAACCCAGAGAGCUUCGUCUGUCUCCAGGAGGCGCUGCACAACCAGGUCACCGACGUCCUGGCCGGCCUCAACGCUCGCCCGCACGCCCAGGCCGAUGAAUGGGCCUACUACGGCGUGGGCAGAGACGACGGCAAGCAGGCCGGAGAGUACUCGCCCAUCUUCUACCGCCCGGCCGUCUGGACGCUGCAGGAGAGGGAGACCGUCUGGCUGUCCGAGACGCCCUCUGUCCCGUCCAAGGGCUGGGACGCUGCCUCGAUCCGCAUCGUCACCAUCGGCGUCUUCAACCACAAGGCCUCCAACACCACCGUGCUCGCCAUGAACACCCAUCUCGACGACCAGGGCAGCAAGUCCCGUCUCGAGUCGGCCAAGCUGAUUCUCAGUCUCAUCCAAAAGUACCUUGCUCGCCACCCCGAGGUCAAGGGCAACUUUCUCGCGGGUGACUUCAACAGCAUCGAGAGCCAGGAGGCCUACCGGGAGUUCACCAAGCCGGGCUCCAGUAUCGUCGACACCUACAAGAAGGUUCCUGCCGCCCAGCACUAUGGAGACGAGAUCACCUUCACGGGAUUCGACGGCAAGACCAAGGGCAGCCGCAUCGACUAUGUCAUGGUCGGUCCUCAGUCGGCUUCUGCGUCCAUCCCUUUCACUGUCAAUGGGUAUGCUGUGGUGCCUAACAGGUUCGACAACCGCAUCUACAACUCCGACCACCGCGCUGUCGUCGCCGACGUCACUCUCUAGUCUAGUCUAUAGCCACACAAGUCCCAGUAGUACAUACAUAGCUUUUUCUUCCAUACAUAAAUUCAUCUUUUUUAUUUUGUAUCUUCGUCUAUCUGUUUUUUCGUCUUCCUUUUUUUUUAGCUUCUUCUAUGGCUGGCCUGCUUAUGUCAUGAUUACAUCACCUAAUUAGUCAUUUCUUAUUCAUCAGCGACGCCAAAAGAGCAAAAAAGACGAAAAGACGAGAGAAACGAAGGAAGAAACAAGCAGAAGCCGACGAUGAUUCCAUCUUUCGCAUCGCAUUCUCGGUCCUUCUCUUCGCUGACGAACAGGCCAAUUCCUGACUGCUAGUUACUCACCUCUCGCCUCUAGACGGCCGGCGUUGGGUUGCAGCUUCG